UUCGCGAGCGCACUACUUUACUGUUGAAGGGGGGAAGUGCGCACUCCGUCACAUUUUCAGCUCAGCAGCCUCCAAAUUUUGUCUCUCCUCGCCUCGCCUCUCCUCGGCUCGAUUUUCUUCCUCUCGGGAGGAAAUUAGGACAACAAUGGUGAUUAAAGUUUACAUCGCGUCUUCAUCCGGAUCCACGUCGAUAAAGAAGCAGCAGCAGGAUGUGAUGGGCUUCCUAGCAGCCAAUAAAAUUGAAUUUGAAGAGUGCGACAUCGCAGCCGACGAAGAGAACAGGAAAUGGAUGAGGGAAAAUGUACCAGAAGAGUCACGGCCGUCUACAGGUCACCCACUUCCACCUCAGAUCUUCAAUGAGGAGAAAUACUGUGGGAACUACGAGGCAUUUUUCGAUGCCAGAGAAGAGAAUGCCGUGUACGCUUUCCUCGGUUUGACGGCUCCCCCAGGUUCUAAGGAGGCCGAAGCUCUAGCUAAAAAGGAGCAGCAGUAAUCCGCGUCUUCCUAAAGCAUCUUCUAACUUCAACUGAAUCUCUGCAACAAUCCCUGAUACAAGACCAAUCUGAGAUGCUCUUUUGGUUCAAUCAGCAUUCUUCUGCCACCGUUUUGCUCUUGGAUGCUUUAGUUUAUCGAGCCUGCUUCGUUAUGUCAUGUAGACUUUAAAACCAGCUUACAGCAGUGGGUUACUUACACGAUAGCUCAGUCCUCCAGUCUGUGAUUUGCAAACACAUGUGAUUAUAAUUAGUGCCUGCAUUUUAACAAAGAGUAAAAAAUGCACUUGUGACCCGUGAACACACACCUGAGCAGAUAGACCCCCUGUUUAAAGGGCUUUAACACCUUUUAUUUAGUGCAGCAACUUUCAUUUUUCAUUUCACCAGAUUAAGUCUUAAACGAACAUAAUUUAAAGGGAUGUGUUUCAUUUCUCAUUAGUACGUUUUAAUCACCAUCUAGUAUUUUUGAGCGUCAUUGCUAUCUUUUCAAACUAGGUAACUUGGAAAAGGAAAAUCAGUGUGUGAAAUCGUCUGUGUGAAAUCUAGAAAUACUUCCUGUGCAUUAGUAAAUCAGCCAAUAAAAAUGUUAUUUGACAGCAAAAGUAUUACUUAGUGUACCUUUGUCUUAAGUGUAUUAAUAUUGUACAUUUUUUUAUUUUAUGGGCAAUUAGAUACAAUCAUGCCAAAAAAUGUUAGAUUUAUAUGCUUUGUUAUAAAGGGAGGAGGAAAAAUAAAACAAUAAAGCAUUGUUUCAGUAAAA